AUGCGCAGUGUCAAGUUGAUGUGCCUCCUGAGUGUUUUCUCCGUCUUCACCCCGGCGAUGGUUCUCUGGCGGCAAUGGAUCCUGCGGAAACGGCCCUCGUCGACGGCUUCGCGCAUCACCACCACCGCGAUCAUGUCGUUCCUGGUGCUGUUCGUGAGCGGCGGCGGGAUCCUCUGGUGGGAGUGUGUGGAGGAGAGGCGAGUGAGGAAGACACUCCAGAUGGAUGAUGAUUUCGCGCUACGGACCGCGCUGCUGACCGAGAGUGCCCUGAAGGGGUUCUUCGUUACCAGUGUUAUCUACACCACGAUGCUGUGGCUGCUGAAGAUGGCUUUCCUCGCGUACUUCGGAAACGUCAUAAGCAUCCUCACCACCCAAGCACAGAUACUAUUCAUUGCCGUCUGCGUUUAUACCUUUGUAUCGUAUGGCACUGCCAUAGGAUUCCAGUUUGGCUACUGUGGGCCCGUCAGCAAUAACUGGACACUAGAUCCAACAACCCAAUGUAUCCACUUCCAGACCCUGACGGUGAGCACGAUUCAAGCCGUCCUGAACCUAUCCGCCGAUCUUUUGGUCCUAACAAUGGCGUUGAUAAUAAUCUCAUCACUCCCGCUCGCCUCCGCACGGGACAAAGCGGCACUACUCAUUGUCGCCGGGCUAGGCAGCGUGUCGAUAAUCAUGUGUGCCGUGCGCUUUGGCGAGAUGUACAUGGUGAUCACGAACGGCAGCGGCCAGCUCGAAAUCUUGGGCCAACUCAACGUCUGGGCCACGCUCGAGGUGAACUUUGCUGUCACCGCUUUCUGUCUGCCGACGUUCCGCGCUCUGCUGCUGAAGCGCUGCCCCUGGCUGCGAGCCGCGAGCCAUCCCGGCACGGCUACGGGAGUCGAGACAAUCGGUGGGAGCGACUGGCAGGGCAGGAAGGUGCGCACCGGGCGCACGCGAAAUUCCGCGGACGAGAUCGGGGACGAGUGCGAGCCGGAUGGCGAUGUGUGGACGGUACAUACCGCGCCGAAUAAAUCUUCAACGGCGGCGGAUGCGGGUGAUAUUGUCUGA